UCACUGCUUGCAGGCGGGGAAACUGCAACAGUUUGUGAUGAACCAAUCAGCGUGUUGAAGAUUUCUGUGAAGCUCCGUCAUAUAGAGGCUCCAUCAGUGAGGUGAAGUCCUCAGAUGACAUCAACAACUAUGGAGCUUCUUCCUCUCGUGUGUCUCUGUCUGCUGAGCUGCUCUGGAGACGCUGACAGAGUGGUCGUGGAAGAAGACAGUGAUGCUGUUUUACCCUGUUUCAUCAGCCCCAAGAAGGACCUCACAGGGCAGGUCUUUGACUGGAAGAAAGGCAGUGAGGAUGUAUUCAUACAUUAUUCAGACGGCAGCACAACUCAUGGUCGGGACUUCACAGAUCGAGUCUCACAUUUUCAAGAUCAGCUGCAGAACGGCGACGCCUCCAUAAAGAUCAAGAAAACAAAGAAAACUGACAGCGGGACCUACAGCUGCAUUUUCCCACAUCUUCAGAGUCAAACAUCCAUCAUCGAGCUUGUUGUUGAUCAAGUCUUAAGAGACAGAACAGGUGAAAAAUCAGGUUUAGCUCCAGAGCCAGUUAUCAAGAUACUUGAGAUGACAAAGGACUGGGCUCUGCUGCAGUGUGAAGCUCACGGUGUUCCACGUCCUACAAUAAAGUGGGAGAACAGUGAAAACAAAACUCUUCCUGCUGAGGAGCCAAAGAUCUCAGACAGAGGAGAUCGAUUUUACAUCACUGGCAAGAUUACUGUGAACAAGACCGACAACUAUCGCUGUGUAGCUACACAGGAGACACUCAGCCAUCAGAUUGCUGCUGUGACCUCUGUGUAUAUUCAAGGACUUUCUGCUGGAGUGAUCGCUGGUUAUGUGGUUCUCAGCAUCCUUUUAGGUGUUCCAGCUGUGCUUUACAUCAGGCAUCGUGUAAAAAAACAUCAUAAGAAAGGUUCAAGACCAAACACAGCCAACGGACGAACAGAUACCUCUGAACGACCAAGUAAUUUAGAACUACUUUCUGAUUCAGAUCCUGCUGAAUCGAUUGAAAAUCAUUCAGCACCAGUUUGAGUCUCAGAUGAUGCUGAAUGACAGUGAGAACAUCUUGUCUGGUCACUUAUCUCCGUUUGAGGAGUAAAACCUGGUUUCAACAUUAAACUGAGUCUCAGGUUCAGGUGAGGAUUGGUGUUGUGUUGCAGCAGAUAGUUGUGAUGGUAGAAGAAGGUUGUUUGUGUGACGAUGUGCAUGUAGCUCAUUCUGCUGUCAUCACUAUGUUACCACGGCAACAAUCUCUCCCUGAACUGUCCUCAUGUCCUGAAGCUCAUCCAGAUCAUAGACAGUGAGAUCUUACAGUUAAUACAUUUAUAUAAAAAUAAAUACACAUAAUCAGUCCUCGUCUUUAUCUCACAGCACUCAGUCACAAAUAGUGUCCAAGUCAAGUGUCGGACUCAGAAUCCUGUCAGAGUAAAAAGACGUCAGUCGCUCUGACACGUUUGUCUGAUGGCUGAACAACAUCUGAACCGACUCACUUCCUGAAACCAACAAACCAACAUUCACAUCCACUUCAAGUAGUGACUGACCAACACAGGAAGUCUGCAGGGUUUGAACUUUUCUCUCAAGCUGGAUUUUAAUUCUUCACACAACUUUUUCUUUCACGUCUCUGUUCAACAGAGUUCAACUGACAGUAAAGAUCGUCUGAACGUAGUCGUUGACUCUGUUAUUAAUGUUGUUGAGGACAAAGACGAGCUCUUUCUCUCUGUUCUAUGUUGCUUUUAUUCUUUUAUUUUUAUACUCUGAUGAUCUGAUGCGUCUCAUUUUGAAUGAGGGCAGCAGUGAUGUAUAAAUGCGUCUAUUUACCAAAUAUUAUCAGACUGCUUGUAGAGCUUAAAGCUCCUGACUGAGCUCCACAUGUGCUUUAAAACAUCAGACUUCACUGAACUGAAGCUGCUGUUAACACUGUCAGUCACUGUCAACAUUUUGUAGCUACCAGUUAAUAUAAUGUGACACUUAUAUAUAUUUUUAUAUUUGUGUUUUUGGUAUUAUUGGACUAUUAUCUGGCCCAAAAAAAUAUUCCCAUGUUAAAUCAUAAUCAUGACAUAAACUCAAUGUUUUGACAUAAAACAUCAAAAUUAGUCAAUGAAAAAUUCAAAAUUAUUAGAGAAUAAAGUAAAAUAAAUCGACAUAAUACAUUAAAAGAAUCAAAAUUAUGGAUACAUUUUUUUCAGGUUUUCUCACAUAAUUUUGUAUUUUAUCUCAUAAUUAUUAUUUAUCGCAGGAGUAUUUUAUUUUUAUGAAGGCUCAUUUCAUUUUUAUGCUUCUAUGUAUUUGUUGAGGUGCUGAUCCAGAGUCAGUUACUAACUGAACUCUACACUCAGUGUCCAGUUUAUUAUAAUUAUAAGGUUUUAAUGUUCAGUUUGUUGUCAAAGAUUCGACUUAAUGAAGCAGUUUGGAGGCUGUUGAACUGUUGUGUCUUAUUCUGCAGCUGUUUGUAUUAUUCUGAUAUUAGUUUCAGCUGGAUGAGCCUGAUAAACUGUUGACUGAUGUUUGAAUUGUGUCUCAGAGUUCAUGUGUGUUUCUGUUGUUCACUGAUGAUGCUUUUGUCGUGUUUCAGGUCAUUAAAACAUGAAAAGUGUCAAA